AUGGAAGGUUCUCUGUCUGCUGACAUCACAGUGACAUCACCAAACAGGAAGUGCCCUGCUGUCACAGGAAGUAGCAGAAAGAUCAAAGACAACGCGGCCGACUGGCACAACCUGAUGCUCCGCUGGGAAAAACUGAACGAGGACGGUUUUACCGCCGCGGGAAACAUCACGGCUAUCACCCUCACACGAUCGCAGAGUGAUCAGCGUCUGCUGCUGGACGACCCCCCCUCCCCCCCGUCGGCCAUGUCCGAGCAGCCAGGGGGCGCUGCAGAGCUGCAAGAAGAAUGCUGCAAACUGCAGGACGUCGUCCAUAAAAUGGUCACCGUGGUGACGAAGAUGGAGCGUCUGAUGACAUCACAGCGAGGCGUUCAGGAUCUGGAGGAGUUUCAGUUUGGACCUGAAGGAAGAAAGGUUCCUCUGUUUCACAGCUGGAGUACUAAACACUUCAAUGAAGCGUGUGGCUUCCUGCUGGCAUCCUUCCAGCAGGAGCUGCAGUUGAAGCAGCUGGUCCUGCAGGAAGUGGGUCACACGGCGACAUCUGACCUCUGCAUGGUCUACCUGUCCUGCUGGCUGCAGCAGCCAUUCCUCCCCCCCCAGACCAGACUCGGACUGGAGGCUCUGCUGCUGGAGACCGGACACCGCCCUCUAUAACCCCCCCACAGAAUUAAAGACUGAGUUUCUGCUCCAUGUGGAGAUGUGUUGACAUUCAGGGUUU